GUUUUCCUUUUAUCUUCUCUUCUUAUCAUUUCUCACCUCCAAGAAAUGGAGGCGUUGAAGAUGAGACUCUUCGCCGCUGUGAUACUCAUGGUAUUGGCCGUCUCGGCGGUCCAGAAUGUGGCAGCAGCUGAGGCUCCGGCACCAGCUCCCGCUUCUGAUGCGGCCGUCUUUGUUCCUACUGUCUUCGCCUCUCUAACGGCUCUUGCCUUCGGAUUCCUCUUUUAA